AUGCUCUACGAUCUCAACAUCCACUGGACACCGCAGACGUCGGCCUCAGAGCUCGAGCGCACCCUCAGAUUCAGCGCGUCGCUGGGAUACAAUGUCGUCGCGAUAAACCACACGUUUUCGGCGCCCAUACCCUCACAGAUCAACAACCCGGUCCCACAGCUCGGCCCAGUCCACUCGUCCUUCCCCUCCCAGAAUCACCGCCACGGCCAGUCGUCUUCGGCCCCAACCCCCACAGGCGAAGAUGCACCCACGAACAAGCCCAAGCUCCCCACGACCCUGCGCCGCGCCACCGUGGUGGUCACGGACCCGGCGACCAACUACCGCCUCCCCUCCAUAGCCGCCGCCUACGACAUUGUCGCGUGCCGGCCCACGACGGACAAGGCCUUCGCGGCGGCCUGCACGAGCAUGUCCGAGAUCUCGCUGAUCAGCCUGGACCUGACGCAGUUCUUCCCCUUCCACUUCAAGCCCAAGCCCUGCAUGGCCGCGGUGAACAGGGGCGUCUACUUCGAGGUGUGCUACGGCCAGCUCGUCGCCGCUGCCGACCAGAGGGCCCGCGGCGUGUGGAUCGCCAAUGCCAUCGAGCUGCUGAGGGCCACGAGGGGCCGCGGCAUCGUGCUCAGCUCCGAGGGCAAGGGCGUGGGGAACCUGAGGGCGCCAGCCGACGUGGUCAACCUGCUCGCCGUGUGGGGCCUCGGGCCGGAGAAGGGGCUUGAGAGCCUCGGGGUGAGGCCUAGGGCCGUGGUCGUCAAUGAGGGGCUCAAGAGACGUGCGUUCAAGGGCGUCGUGGAUAUUGUGGAUGUUGAGGGCAGGAUCCCGGGCCGUGAGAACGAGGGGAAAGAUGCUGACGGCAACCAGAAGAAGGAUAAGGGUGGGAAGAAGCAGCAGGGCCAGAACCAGCAACAGCCCAAAGGGAAGAACGAGAAUGGCAAGCGGAAACAUGAGGGUGGGGCUGGGGAUGGAGGCGGUGGUGACCAGACAUCGCUGCCGGUCAUGAGCAAGAGGCAGGCCAAGAAGAUGAAGAUGGCCGAUAAGAAAGGAGCUCCAGAGCCGAACUAG